AUGGCUGCUACAAAGCUCUUCGCUUUGCUUCUGCAAGGCUUUAUCCUGUUCUCAGUGAAGGUUCACGAGAAGCUGGAUGAGGCCGCAUGGAAGCGCAUGGAGGAGCGCGAGAAGGAGAUGAACCGGGAGAUGACUCGUCUGAUGGAGGAGAUGGAGAGGAGAAGCCAACCUCAGUGGAGCCUGGUGCCCACGAUCCUGCAGCAGAGGUCUCAGGAGCAGAGCAUCACAACCUGGGGAGCUGUGCUCUUUGCUGCCAUUGCUGGAGUGCUAGUCCUCCUGCUUUGGCUCUGCUGGUGGCUCAGGACAAGGCGCCGUGAGACAGACUCAGUGCGCAGCACGAGUGAGAUCUCAAUCAGCAGCACAGUUGAGGGGGAUGAGAAAGAAACUGAUGCAGAAGACAGAAGUUUUGCCAUCCUUUCAUCCCAUGACAGGCAUCUCCAGUGGCCUGUGCAGAAAAUAAUCUCCAGGAGCGAGGUGGUAAAGGGCCUGGUGGAUGAGCUCCUGCAGGUCUUGCGAAUUCACCUGUCAAGUACUUUUAUGCCAGUGCUGCAGGAGGCCAUUGGUGUGGGCAGCUCGUUUGAAGGAUGGAGUCCCUAUGAGGUUGAUAAAGUUAUGUACCACAUACUUGUGCCCCUGAAGGCCCCCACUGGCCACAAGUUCUGGCUACAGCCACUGUGCGGCAGGUGCCAGAUUCCAGCCAUGGUCUCCCACAUCCAUGUGGAGCUGGAAUGCAGCUGUGGGGGACAGAACAGUCUGUGCUUCCUCCACAGCACUAAGAAGCAGCUGAGGAGGAUAAAGAAGGCACCCAAGGUCCUAGACAUCCUCUGUACCCGCUCAUACCUAGACGCGGCAAAAGUUGCAGAGUGGUUCCAGGAUUUGGUGAAGAAAGCCUGGACGGCAUUGCCUCGGUCACACUACAAGGUGAAUGUGCUGCCCUACAGCCAGACCACCUGCCUGCUGCAGCUGAAAAGUGACUCUGGGAGUAGCCUCAUUGUUGAGAUCUUGUUUGGAGUGCAACAAGGUGACUCAGAUAUCUUCCUCAGCAGUCUUCCUGCAGCGGACAGCCCAAGCACCGUGUGGACAACGAACUACCUUGUGGCAGAGAAGAAGUUCUUCAGCCACAUGGCCAAACAGGUCCCACAAGGCAGCUUCCACUUCAAAUGCCUUCAUCUCUGCACCUCCAUCCUGGAGGGCACGGACAUUUCCCUCUAUAUGCUCAAGACAGUUGUCAUGCACCUCCUCAACACCACACCCGUGUCAGGAUGGUGCAGACAGGACUGCAUCAUACGCCUGGCAGAUAUCAUGAACUACCUGCACCGCUGUCUGGAACAGAAGCAGCUCAACUUCUUCUUCUUUGGCAACGCUGAGAUGCCCAAGGAGAUCAUUUUGCCUCCGGACUUCCAAACGUACAAACCAGCCAACCUCUUGGAGCACCUUGUGCAGGAUCAGGCUGCCCAUACCAAAGCAUUGAGACAGUUUGAGGAGAUUCAGCACAGGCUCAUGGAGAGGCUGUACCAGGGGGUCUCCAAGACCAGACGAGCAUCUAGAGUCAUGCAGAGAGCUGUGCCCACCACAGGUAUUAAAUGGCUUCCUCCAGUGGGGCCUUCAAGGAUCACUACCAGUGGGGCCUUCUACCCCCUGAGCCACAGGAAUUUCCACUGCUGUGCACCCAUACUCUUGACACCAAACAUGCUUGGGAGAGGAGGAUCUGGCAAAGCCAAGUGA